AUGCCCGCUUCAGCGAACCUCAAAGAAACUGCGCCCGCGUUCUGUCUUUUCAAGGUCCCCAGCGGCAACUCCAAGGCCGAUUUUGACAGCCAGCUAGAUGAAUUUGCAACCAAGAUAGCACAGCUCCCCACUGUACAGAAGAAUUGGGCUGCCCUCGAGCUCGUUGUUCAAAACAGCAAGCUGGACGAAUCCAUUGUCAAUUUGGGACUCCCCGCACCUCAGCAAUACGGAGCCAUUAUCACGCAAGCUCAUAGCAAUGAUCACUGCGCUGAGCUCAGCAACGACCCAUCGAUGCAGGAGGCAAUCGCUGCGGCCGCCAACUCGGGCGCGCUCGCGGACUCGUGCGUCUUCUCCGCGGAUCUGCACACGACCGUCCACAUCCCCGAGGCCGACGAGCGCACGCACGUCUUUGGCGUAUUCAAGACUCACCCAGAGAUCCCUAUCCCCGAGCUUCAUGCCAGGCUGGAGCGACUGAUGGAUUCGGUGAUGCAGACCGUUCCCGCGGCAAAGGCGAAUCUGGUCCAGCAUUCCCUCUGGUUCCCGAAGACGGACGCGGUGUCGGACCAUAUCCGUACCGCCGGAUUCGAAGCGCCCAAGGACGACAUCUUUGUCGUGAUUCUGGAAACCGAGGACGAGACCAUGGACAAGCUGGUCGAGCUCAUUCAAGAUCAGACGUUCCAGAAUGCUAUCACCAAUGGACUGCAGGACUAUCCCCACCUCUUGGAAUGCUCGAUCUUUUGUACUGACGUCUUUCCGCGGUUGUGAGCGCCAUAGGCCCGACGUUCGUCGAUGACUCGUAAUGAUAGUGGCGUGAAAUUAGUCUGUUGUCUUCUUGAAUGGAGUGUUUCAAUUGUCGAUGAGGGGAAAUUGCGGGACAAGGUCCGAUGGGUGUGACACGGAAGGGUGGUGGCAGAGUGAGCACGAUUAUCCUCGAAAACGUAGUCAGUCAAUCGUAGCCUCCGCAAGACGCACUCAAAGGCCGCAGAUGACCAUUGUGGAGACGCUCAGGCGGAGCCGCGCGGGCACUGAAUGAGUGCUACGGAAAAACCAAGGAACGAUCACGUGC